AUGAAGCCUUCUGGAGGCGACACUGCCGUUGGCGUUGAUGAAAAAGUAGUGGUUGUGAUAGUCGACGCAACACUUGCACUUCAGCCAACAUGGAAUUCACAAGUCGACUUCCUGAUGAAGACUCUCAGUUUUGCGAAGGGUAGGAGAAUCGGACUGGUGUCGCUCAAUUGUAAUUCGGAACUGCUUCUUCGAUUGGAACGCCAUAGUGAAGAGGAGAUCAAGAAGAAAAUUCUUGGACGAAGUCCUAAGUUCGGCCAUUUGAAGUCAAUAAGCGAAGCUUUCAACCUAGCUGAAUAUGUCAUACAUCCGAAUGCGGGCGUAAGUAGAGUACAUGCGCGGGUAAUUGUCUUGGCGAGCAGUGCGGUGGACGACUGUAGCAAUUACCAACACGAAGUUACUGCAUACGAUAUUGCUUCCAGAAAUUGGAGGCCCUCUGGUGUCAGGGUGCUUUUCAUAGCAUCUGGAAAGAAAACGCCGGAGAUGGAAAAGUUAGCUUACAAUCCAAGUUCAGUUAUCAGCGUGGAAAAUUUUGAUCCAGUGGACAAGAGUGUUUAUCAGAGAAUAGCCCAUUGGAUUUGUGUUGAUGACGGGACAACGGCUCUCACGCCAAGACCAACAACGACG